UCUCUCUCUCUCUAAAAUAAUCAAGGUUUCUCUCUCUUAAUGUCAACUAUCAGCAUUAUUAAUCCCUCAAGCGGCCUGAUCAAAUCAGGACCGUCGAUCAAAUCCAAUUACUCUGUAAUCGGAACUACAAAAUCGUACUCAUUAGCGUCGGCGAAAAGUGUUUCGAGAUCGUUCGGGUUGAAAUCGCGGAACUCGUCUUCGUUCAGAGCAUCUGCAAUGGCGGCGGCGGCGGUGUACAAAGUGAAGCUGAUUGGUCCGGAUGGGGAGGAGCAGGAGUUCGAAGCCCAUGGAGACGAGUACAUACUCGACGCUGCGGAAAACGCGGGGAUCGAUCUGCCGUACUCGUGCCGCGCUGGAUCGUGCUGCACGUGCGCCGGGCAUUUGGUCUCCGGCGAGGUUGACCAAUCGGAGGGCUCUUUUCUUAUCGACGACCAAAUGGAGAAGGGCUAUAUACUCACCUGCAUUUCUUACCCUAAAUCGGAUUGCGUUGUCUACACUCACAAGGAGGAAGACCUCCAUUGAAACGUCGAUCGAAUAUUCUGUUAUUUCGGAUCGUGAAUCGGGAAUAUUCUGUUAUUCACCCUUUUUUCUAAUGUUUGGCCCUCGUGGCACAUCUUUCUAUUAUAUGUUACGAUGUUUCAAGAUACAAUUUGUUUAGUUUGAUGUUUCAUUUCAUAUUUUA